GUGUGCGCGCGUGUGUGCGUGUGUGUGUGUGUUUGCGUGUGUUAUCCAUCCUGUAGGGCUCCUGACCACUCCUGCUGUGUUCAGGCACAGCGCCGGAGGGACGCAGACAAACAGGGAGGGACAGUGAACCGCACCGGAGCUGCCAUUGCGCACAACACAAACCAUCCGUGACUCCAGACGAGUGGCAGUGUUCCUCCUCCGGCUCGCUUGGAUUUACUGUUCGGGGCGUCUGCUGCAGCUGCAUGGAGGCAGAAUAGAGACUCUGCAGCAGGAAGGUCAGCAGCGGAGGAUUAAGUCUGCGGAGGCACAGGCGCCCUGUCCGAACACCGGGACCCCACCCGGCCGCAGGUCUCCCCCAGACGCUGACAGCUGUCAGACAGAAAUACCUACCAGGAAGAUGAGGGAAGACCCGUCUGAUGAAGAAUAUCUCAAAGGAGGAUGCACUAAAGGAUGAACACAAAAGGAGGGAGAAAGGAGGAGACUAAAAAGUUCAACCGAGGAGAACAAAUGGAGACAGAACGAUCAGUAAGAGGAGGGAGGGAAAUGUGAGGAGCUUUAUGAAAGAGGAGAGAUAGAAACAGAAAAAUUUCUAAGGAGGAAAACCACAUCAAGUAGACAGAUUGAAAGUGAGAGAAAGGAAGCCAUAAAGGACAAAGGAGCUGGAAGCUUGGGAAGGGUAGAAAGGAAAAGCAAGAGUCUGGUUGAGGGAGGAAAGAAACAUCUGGAUGGUCUCCACAGCGACAGCCAGCUGGUUACCCACCCUCCGAAGAUGGCUUCCAACUUCAACGACAUUGUCAAGCAAGGCUACGUGCGCAUGCGCAGCCGCAAAUUGGGGAUCUAUCGGCGUUGCUGGCUGGUGUUUAAGAAGUCAUCCAGUAAAGGACCUCGUCGCCUGGAGAAAUACCCUGAUGAGAAGUCUGCCUACAUCAGAGUCUGUCCCAAGGUGACAGAAAUUAGUAAUGUCAAGAAUGUCACGCGGUUGCCUCGAGAUACCAAGCGACAGGCCGUGGCUAUUGUGUUUACAGACGACACCUCACGUACCUUCACUUGUGAAUCAGAGCUGGAGGCAGAAGAUUGGUUCAAGACGCUGUCAAUUGAGUGUCUUGGCAUGCGGCCCAGUGACAUCAGUAUGGGAGAGCCUGACCUGCUGGCGGCUGGCGUACAAUGUGAACACACAGAGCGUUUCAACGUGUUCCUUCUCCCCUGUCCCAACCUGGACAUUUAUGGUGAGUGCAUGAUGCAGAUCACCCAUGAGAACAUUUACCUGUGGGACAUUCACAACCCUCGCACAAAGCUAGUCACCUGGCCCCUCUGCUCCCUGCGGCGCUAUGGACGUGACGCGACCCGCUUCACCUUCGAAGCCGGACGGAUGUGUGACAGUGGUGAAGGCCUUUACACCUUCCAGACCAGAGAGGGAGAGCAAAUCUACCUAAGGGUUCACUCCUCAACACUGGCCAUCGCUGAGCAGCACAAGAAGGUCCUGCUGGAGAUGGAGAAGAACAGCAGGUUAAUGUCCAAGAGUUCAGAGCCUGGCUCCUACCCCUCUACCCCCACUGCCAUACUGCCCCGAUCCGCCUACUGGCACCACAUCACUGGGAAUCAGACCAGCAUGGAUCCUGGUUUUGGUGACUUAUCAGAAGACCACCUUCUGUCUACCUGCUUGCCUUCUGACCACCAUGCCACGCUGCCAAUGGCAAAUGCACAUGAACAGUCCCAGCCACCUGUACACACACACUACCCCACCUACCCUGGACAGUGACACACACAACGUGGACGCUGAAUUACAUGCAAACACAAAGCCACAUGCAUGCAGGCACACACAAUUCACACACUGAAGGAACAACACUGUCUGCUCUUGUAUAUGUUUGGCAGCCCAACGUCACACCUCACAGGACGUGUUGGUAGCAGGACUAACACUGGCCAACCGAGCGUCUUGAAUGCAGGAGAAGUAAAGUUAAUUCUGCUGAAGACUACAAGGAAGUGCAGCUCCCACAGUUCCAUAUAGACAGGAGAAAUUUUACAUUUUUCUAGACUCACAUUGGCAUGUGUUGCCUACCAAUUAAAGUAAGGACUGAAAGCUCUCAGCAUGUUUUAAAACCACCUAGGCUGUAAUGCAUGUUGUCCAACUACAUCUAAAGACAGAAGUGUUUAUACCUGUUCUAACUGGUCCCUCUAAAGCCUUCAUGAGCCCUUUUAGGGGAAUUUUAUCUACUGAAUUUAUACAAUUUUAUACAUGUAAUUCAAACAUUAGAUGCAGCUUUGGCUGUCAUCAGCGCAUGUUUGACAGUCAUCAGGACACCUACCCAACUCUCUACUGCUUUUGUCAUUUUCAUAUGCAUACAGAUGUGUAUUUUCAACCCCUUGAGUAUCACAACUAUCACUGGGAUCCAUAUUUAUUAUUGUUAACACUGAACAAGCUUGGCAGCUUUCCCUUAUGUAUAUCACAUGCAAUUUCUUAGGAAAAUAUGAAAACAGGUUUGUAUAAAUUAUUUUUUAAACUAUAAGGCUUCAUUACAAAAGUCAAUAAUUUCACAAUAAUUAGCAAAUAAUUUUACUCGCAAAUUUCCCAGAGAGUUAUAUCAUUUGGUCCUUAUUAAAGGGGGAAAUUAGGAAUUUUCUUGAAUGAAAUGCUCAAUUAUAAUCCAGCAAUUAGUCAGUUUCUAUGUGAGACUUAUGUAACACCAUGGAUGCCUUUAAGGAGAGAUUGGGAGAAAGUGUGCAGUAUCCGUUUGCAUGAUUUAUCACGUCCAUAAAACUUCAAGACCACAAAAAUAUGGGAGAAUAUAAGGCAGUUUUUUCAUCUCACCUUGGACAUGGCCAUUCAGGACAGGUAUAAACAUUUUAGCAAUGUAUUGGAUGACAAAUCAUAGUAACUAGUUUUUUGAAGUAUAAUAAUGUCUUUACAGACCAACCUAUAAAUAUAACUCUGUGGGGACCAGGCUGCAUGGUGCCUUAAAAGCGCCACAUGGACUGAACCAAAACAUUGACAUCUGGAAUUCCCAAGUGGAACAUUCCCAGUGUACCACUAAGAUUGGUAAUUUCCCUGUGUGUGCAUUUCGAUCAAGACCUUUGGAUAUUCUGACAGCUGAUGGGACUUUGCAGUAUCUCAGUUUGCUGUGCUGAGGUUUUCACAUGCUUCUGUUGAGCCAUGUUUGCGCAACCCUGUUAUUUUCUUAGGUUGUUUACAGGUUAGAAGUGAAGAAGGGGCGUAAAGUGGAGAGUUCAAUGAUUUUUGAUAGCCCAAACUGUUGGAUUGCACAUCACCACUUUUGGUCUCCCAAUGCAUUUUGCAGCCAAUGAGUUAGGAGUGAAAGACAUAAAGCAAGUUGUGGGUCUUGGGUUGGGGUCUCAAAAUUAGUAGUACCAAUCAGGCACUCGAAAAGACAUGGGUGAAGGCUGGUGUCUGUUUGCAGUUUUAGGCUCAGUCACAAGUUUAGUUAUCCACACAAAGUUUUCUUGUCGAAUUAGCAACAAUUCCUGAAACUUUAGGUUUGACCACCAACAAAAGUGGUUUGAUUUAGCCUGGUUCAUCUGCUGACUUUAUUUUAUCACUCUGCGCCAGCGAUAGUUCAGUUUUCAGGUUGUCAGUCCGUCCGUUCAUACAUCUGUCGAACCCAUUCUCGGGAACGCGAUAUUUUAAGAAUGCCUUGUGGGAAUUUCUUCAGAAUUGGUACAAAUACUCACUUAGACUCAAGGAUAAACUGAUUCGAUUUUGGUGGUCAAGGUCACAGUGACCUCACAAAGCACAUUUGUUUGCCUUGUGAAGGUGAUAUCUCUGGAUCGCCGUCAAGGAAACCUUUCACAUUAACUGGGACUCUUGAUUUUGGUAGCACAGAUCAAAGGUUAGGGGGGCCUCACAAAGUAUGUAAUGUUUUUCUUGAACAUGAUAUCUUAAGAUCAGCUUCAGGCAGUGUCUUCAAACUGAUACAAACGUUCACUUGGACCCAGGGAUUAACGGAUUAGAUUCUGGUGGUCAAAGUUCAAUUAGUUGUCACUAAGACUCAAAGAUAUUUUUUUACGUAUCAGGUGUCAAAGGUCACACUGACCUUUUUUUUUUUUUUAUAUGUACACAGAAACUGCAGUGGCUGGUGGAGGCAUACAACCGCAGUGUGGUAAUUCUAGUUUUACUCUGUUGGUGUGUUCCAAUCAUCACGCAAAUUUCAGCUAAAAGGUUGAACAUUGUAAGAAAGCAGAAUUACUUGUCAGUAACAUCCUCAUUCACAAAAUGAUAUUGCAUUAUUUGUAUCCUUGGUCAAAGUCUUCCCAUAAAAGAGGUAAUGACCAAACUCUGCUAAUGUCAAAGUGUAUCAUAAUCAGGGGACGGUACUGAACCACAACUACGUCCAUACCCGAUAUGGGUGAAAUCCAAUACAUACCUGCUCUUGUGGCACAACCACAUGAGAGAUUCUUUGGGUAUUUAUUCCUGCUCUUCCAAUGGAAACAUUAAACAUAUUCUUCAUCUGCUCCACUUCCCACCACUGGCCUUGAGAAUCACCAAAAACUGUCUGUUUGACCAUUUCAGCAGACCAAAAAGGGGACAAAGACAAAGAUAGAGGAUCAUGUUUGACAGCUUGACUUUUCUACAUACUGCCUUUGCCUUCUAUUACAUUGCAACAAAGAGCUUUGCUCUAUCAACUGUGUUGGGAUUUUGGGGUGUUUUAGUGGUGGGAGGGAUAAUUGUCCCAGGAAGGCAGCCAUAACUAGAAAGGUUAGAUCAUGUUUUUGUAUGCGGGCUCAUCAUCUCUUCAUAGCUGCCUUUUGAUUCUUUCACAAGGGUUUAACCUUUGAUCUGACCGUGGAGAUUUUACCAACGCAAGGAGACGUCUGGUAACACACUGGCCACCUUUACAGUGUCAUAAAAUACCUUGUGUCUGUGCAUGUGUCUUGGUCUGAUGUAGCUCGAUUAAUGCUGGAAACCUUGUGUAAUUUACAUUUCAUGGUUUAUGGUUUUUACAUUAUUUUAACAUGCAUUUUGUUGGUUAUGCACAAUACAUCAUGCAGGUUAUGCAUUGGGUGUAGAUGUGUUUUUGUGAAGUUACAUGCUGUAUAGCCUGAGUUUGCUGCCCUCUUAAGAGAAUCUUGUACAUAUUGCUAUUUAUUUUGUAUGACGUGUGUGUGUGUGUGAGAGAGAGAGUGAAAGAGAGAGACGAUUAAUGUAACAUGUUUUAAUUUUAAUCACAGACACUCAUUGGGUUUUUGCACCAUUUAUUGUUGGUUGGUAUAGCCUGUCCAAACUUUAUCAGCGGGAUACUUUACAAAGAAAUCUGCAAUUGAAUGAACAAGAAGAACACAUUUAACAUCCUGUCUUCUGCACCACCGCCUCUCACAGGGUGAAUCUUGUUGGCCUUAGAUUAAUCACAUUCACAUCCUCCCUGCUCACGCCUGUGCCAUGCUGCCAUUUUUCUCUCUUUGUAUAAGACAAAAACUUUCGCAGGAAGAAUCCUUCAGAUGGUUGUUUCAUGAAACGUGAAAUGUGUAAAAUCUGUUUAGAAUGAGCACAACAAACAGAACCAGCUUGAAGCUGUUUUAUUGAACCAACAAAGAGCUAAUGAAAUCAGACCAAGUCUAAUCUGGUUUAGUACAUUACUUUGAAAAGGACCUGAAACAUCAAGCACAGAUCCCAUCCCAUGAAAUGUUUUGGCAAAACUGAUAUUGUGUGAUGUGUAUAAAACCUAUAUAUUAAAAAGGAUCCACAAUAAGAUUAUUUGCAGUUCAAAAGCUAAGGUUAAGUUGAAUUAUUCUACUUUACUUGGUUUGUACAAGUGUCAUAUCAUUCAUAUGGUGGAAGAACAGAUUAAAUACCUUCACACCUUU